AUGUCGGUCACCAUCGGGAUUCUAGGCAAGCGCUGCUUGCCUCUGGGAAAGCCAAGGGACCAACACUGCUCUUCCACACAGCCCUUCAAGCUUCAAGGCGCAUUUGCAGAACACCAGUCAAGACUGCAAAAUCUUCAUCUCAAACGCAAAAUCGCGACUGUGCUCGUGAAGACUACGGAUGACCUCGAGCGGUGUGAUGGGCUCAUUAUUCCGGGUGGCGAAUCAACCACUAUCGCCCUUCUGGCGCGGCUUUCGGGUCUGACAGACGCUCUCAAGCAAUUCAUCCAAUCCAAACCGGUCUGGGGCACUUGUGCUGGCGCUAUUCUGCUAUCGAGAUCAGUCACUAGUGCGAAGAAGGACGGACAAGAGCUGUUUGGAGGCGUGUCAGUUGACAUUGCGAGGAAUGGCUGGGGUUCGCAGGUCGAAUCGUUCGAGGCAGCUCUGGACGUCAAUGGCCUCUCGGACUCGGCAGUACCGUAUACGGGCAUCUUCAUUCGUGCUCCGGUUGUCAUCGGGCUAGAUUCAAAUGCUGGAAUCCAAGUCAUUGCACGACUACCACCCAAUCUGCUUCCAGAGCCAGUGGACGACGAGAUUGACCCACGAACUAUCGUCGCUCUCCGGGAAGGCCAACAUUUGCUGACGACCUUCCAUCCUGAGCUGACAAAAGACAAUCGCUUUCAUGACUAUUUUGCACGACAGCUCCUCGUAGCUCUCUUGGGAGCUCCAACUGCCUACGCAGUCUUCAAGAUCAUCUUGAAAGCAUUAUAUGGAUCCCGUUCGCCGCUUUACACCCUUCGCGUCGAUUCUAGCAUCACACGUGGCGUCGACCACGACCAGCAGUCAGCGACUUCGAUAACCCCGGUUGACGACUUCACACUAACCGUGUGA